GCGGCAUGAACGGGUCCUGGGACCGGGGCACCCCGCUGGAGCUGCGCCCCGAAACUCCGAUCGCGGAAAGCAAGAAGACCUAUGCCAUGGUGUCCAGCCUUUCAACGGGUCAUUCCCUGGCCUCGGAAUUGGUGGAAUCCAAUGAUGGCCAUGAGGAAAUCAUCAAGGUAUACUUGAAAGGAAGAUCUGGAGACAAGAUGGUUCAUGAAAAGAAUAUUGACCAACUGAAGAGCGAGGUCCAGUACAUCCAGGAGGCCCGGAACUGCCUACAGAAGCUUCGAGAAGACAUCAGCAGUAAACUUGACCGAGGCCCAGGAGAAUCACGUCGACAGGACAUACAGGUGGUGUUAGGAAAGCCAAAUGGCUUUAGUCCAAGUCCUGUGGCCGGGUACAGCAGCCUCCCUGAGGUGAAUCCCUUUGCACACGAAGACGUUGAGAGCCUGAGGAAGAGCAUGCAAGACCUGCUGGCCAAGUUUCAGGAGGCUGAGAGAAAGCAUCAGUCAGACCGUGUGGCCUUUGAGGUCACGCUAAGCCGCUACCAGAGGGAAGCAGAGCAGAGUCACUCGGCCCUUCGGCGUGCAGAAGCCAGAGCGGAGCAGAAGGAGGCGGCUGUGGGGGAGCUUCAGGGGCGACUUCUGGACAUGGAGACGGAGCACCAAACCUUACUGGUGAGACUGAGGGAAAAGGAGACGGCCCUGGAGGAACUCCGGAGCAAGAAUGCCGACUGCCAGGUGGAACAGGAAAAGGCCGCUGUCCUGGAGAAGGAGGUGGCAGGACUGAGAGAGAAAAUCCAUCACCUGGAUGACAUGCUCAAAAGUCAGCAGCGCAAAGUCCGGCAAAUGAUAGAGCAGCUCCAGAAUUCAAAAGCAGUGAUCCAGUCCAAGGAUAGCACCAUCCAAGAGCUCAAGGAGAAGAUCGCGUAUCUGGAAGCAGAGAACCUAGAAAUGCAUGACCGCAUCGAGCACCUGAUAGAGAAACAAGUCAGCCAUGGCAACUUCAGCACGCAAACACGAGCCAAGACAGAGAACCUGGGAAGCGUGAGGAUCUCGAAGCCCCCUGGCCCGAAGCCCUUGCCGUUGAUCAGGGUGGUGGAAACCUGAGCCUGAGGAUGUCCACGCCUGUGCCAUUGGCUGCUACUUGGGGCUGCAGAGAAGCCACCGCCCUCGACCAGUCGCCCGGACUUUCUCUUCUUGACCUGAAACAGCUGUAUAUACGUGUCCAGCUGUUUCCAGAUUCUUUUCCACUGUGGCUGGGCACAGGGAAGACCCCUAGCCUCUCUGAAACCCCAGCCUUGAGAAGCCACCUGCCUGC